GAGAGAGAGAGAGACAGAGAGAGAGAGAGAGGUGGAUUAUCAGGACGCAGUGAGUGUUUGUCAUGUUCCAGCUAUUGGAGCAUGUAGUUUUCUUUAACGUUCAGUUAGGAAUCCUUCAAGAAGAACAAAUUGCAAGUCAGUAAGCUGGUGUGAAGGAUUCUUCAGGAGACGGACACAGAAGCAGGAUCACAGCCGGACUAAAUGCACCAUUCUCUUUAAGAGGACCACGUAUCUGAGUGCAUCAUGGAUUUUGUGAUGAAGCAAGCGCUGGGCGGAGCCACCAAAGACAUGGGGAAGAUGUUAGGUGGAGAAGAGGAGAAGGACCCUGACGCCCAGAAGAAGGAGGAAGAGAGGCAGGAGGCUCUCAGACAACAGGAAGAGGAGCGAAAGGCCAAACACGCUCGCAUGGAGGCCGAGAGGGAAAAGGUCCGGCAGGCCAUCCGAGAUAAGUAUGGACUAAAGAAGAAAGAAGAGAAGGAAGCGGAGGAGAAAGCGGCCAUGGAACAAGCGUGCGAAGGCUCCCUGACUCGCCCCAAGAAGGCCAUCCCGGCAGGCUGCGGGGCGGACGACGACGACGACGAGGAGAGCAUUCUAGACACCGUUCUCAAAUUCCUGCCCGGACCUCUGCAGGACAUGUUUAAAAAGUAACAGACACCAAGCCGUUUCUCCGGAAAGAUGGGCGAGGGGGGGGGGUUUAUUUUUUUUGUUGCCGAACAGGUGAAAGGCUUUUCACUGCCUCGACGGAAUUUCGUUUGUUCCUUUCUUACGGAUAGAUACACAAAUCAUACCCCGACAACGUUUGGUCUUCUCACUGCCAUUCAGGUUCGACUUGUUUACACUUUCUAUAGACGUCUGUGUUUGUUUACUGAUCAGCAGGGUCUCUGAUGCUGCCUUAGGUACUCCAUGAUCAGCCCCACCACAACAGCACAUCGAUGCUUCGAUUUAUUUAAUCGAAACUGCUUUUAAUAAUUGCACGAGGUCAGAUUCUCACUGUCGGUACAAUCGGUCAGAUACGGGAGACGCUGAUAUAGACAUGCCACGUUAGACCACCUGAAUGCUCCGAUGGUCGGCGGUUCUCGUUUAUCUGUAACGUGUUGUUAUUAUUUUGCUGGUGUGAAACAGAGCUUGAAUUGACCACAAGCGACGUUCACGUUAGCCUUGCCGGCGGGAAAUCAGGAUAAGCUCAGCGAGUGUCUCUGAAUAUCGUUUUACAAACCGGACCAAAUCCCCUUUACAAUUAAAGAGUCACUCUAGAUCUCAAAGCCAGAAGUCAGCCGGUGUUUCACAGCGCUUUCGUCCUUUUUCGAAGCACGCAGAUCUCACAUCACUCACACAUGACAAUCAGAAAACUAAAACCCAGAAACAUUUUAGACGUCGUUCGUCGAAAGUUUAUUUAAGCAGGGCUCACAAAUACAUUUGGGAUAAGGACGCCUGAGUAUUAUGCAGCAAAGGUUUGACCUGACUUCGUAACUUUAAAAAAAAUGCAAAAACCGAGCCUGCUUGUGUAAUGAGUUUCGUAUCAUUGCAUAAAGCGCGGGCGUUGUUUCACACCGAAGACGGUUUUCCCCAUGCAUUGUGAAAAUAAUAAAAACCUCACGAUACAGGACCGCGAGACUUGGCAACUUGGCAUUGAAAGAAAACUCUAAAAAGCAUUGAUUUUCCUUGCAGUUGUGGGUUUAUGCCUGUCUUCUCAUCUCGGGAGUAAAAUCCGAAUCGCGAGAUAUGAACUCAAAAUUGCGAGAAAAACAAAACGCGAAAAAUUUGUGAUGCUCCACAAAACACUGGAAAUCCAAUUACCUGGAAAUGACGGAAAAGAGCUUCCUUAGUUUUAGAAAAGCGUUAUUAAUCGAUGAAAAUAUGUGCUUUAAUGAAUACUAAGAAUGCUUAAUCUUCAACCCCAACAGUACAAAAUACCAAAGAGAGAAUGGACUUAGUACAACAAUUGAAGAAACAGCAUGUUAAAUGAUCUAGGAAUAUUCAUACAUCUGAUCGCCAACGAUCACUCAGGCUGUGAAACACAAUAUCAUUUAUAAAAAUACUGCCCAAAAUAUUCACCUUACUGCUGGCAAAUUCUGAUGUGGGGUUACAAAUAUUAUAACUAUUUCGAUCGGUUAUUAAUGUUCUCGUGUUAAGCAUUUAGUAAAAACACUGCCAUUUGAUAAACGUGUUGGACAUAUUUUGGGGAGGGAGAAAUGUUUACAUAACUGUUUAUGAGACCCGAGCUAAAGAGGCAAACUUAUUUUGUAUAGUAACGCCCAAAUGGGUGUCGUAUUGCAUGACGGGAAAUAUAAACCUGUAGAUACGUUUUCAUCGCAAAGAGUCGUUAGUCGUACGUUUUCCAAUCGGUCGGUUUAAAAAAGCGUGUCCCUUUUUAAAGUCCGUUAGCAAAUGAUAUGCCUACAGGAAUGUAUCCGUACCCAUUAGGCUGGUUGUUCUGUGAUCGAAAUGCUUUGAAGAUUGUAAAGUUUGUUUAAAAAAAAACAAAAAAAACACUUAGUAAGAACAGAAUGACGUACUUUAGAAUAACUACUCUCAAGUAGACUUUGAUUUUAGCGCUACGCCGGUGCGUUUUGUAAAUGAAACUAUAAAGAAAGAAUGAGAUUGACUUUUUCAUUUUUGUAGUGCAUAAAAGGUUUUUCACUAGUCAAAGCCAUAUUGUUAGACUGCAAUAAUUAAUGGGAAAAAAAAUCAUCUUGUAGUCAUGCAUCUGUAAAUAUAUCUAUUUAACUACGUGUCAGAAAGUGUAUAUACUUUCCGUAGAGAGAGAGAGAGAGAGAGAGAGAGUCUUUACGAAGAUUGCUACUGUAGUCUACUGUAUGUGCUGUAUGUUCUCAAUGUAAGUGUGUAUUAAUGUGCGUCUGUACCCGUUUGUGCUGCACAAUGUUCUUCAUGUUGUACCGUUGAUGUGUUUAGGCUGCGUCCGCUGUCGUGAAGACGGUUUAGUCGGGGUAUAUGGGAGUCCUAAUGUUCAUGUAUGCAUGCAGAUAAAACUUUGCAUUAAAUACCAAAUCCGAACAUCAGGUUGUACCUGUUUAUGUAUGACUGUCCCUGCAACAGAAGCUGCACCCUUUAUCCAGGGAUUAGCUCCCAUCUGUCUAAUGGGAUGUGAUGAGUUUUCAGGCCUAUCAUUCAGGUUGUUUGGUUGACAGACUGGAGAGAUCGUUUCUGAACCAUUGCUUUUGGGGCCGUUUCUUGUCGUUUAUCAUCUCAAGUCAAAAAAUGUGAUAUUAUAUUAGGUGUACUGCUAAUAUACCUCUUGGCAUAAAAGACAUUCUUGCAUUGCGCCGCUACAAUGCAGUGGUUAAUCACUUCAUGGCAUUUAAACACACGAAAUCACCCUAAAAUGUAUUUGGACACUUUCGGUUGUACUUAAAAGUCAAUAUCUCUAUCUAUCCAUCUAUCUAUCCAUCUAUCCAUCUAUAGCUAUAGAUAUAGACCCUGAACUUUAUAUACAGUGCAGAAAGAAACUCAUACAGCGCAACCUUUUUAAGGUCACGGUUUAAAGCAGAAUCAAAACAGGUGUCGAAUUCCACUUUAACGACACUUCCAUCUCGUCACAUGUAUAACACACGUUUUUAAUUUUAUGUAAUUUUUCUAUCACAUGAAGAGUACGUAAUAAACUGGGUAAAAGGGCUGAGCGUGUUGGUGAUUGUGUGAUCUUUAAGAUUCCAGCAGUGGAAAACAAACCAUUCACGGAUCGGAAAUUCAUUUUAAUGACGACAUCUGGAUCUCGAUUCAUCUUGAUUCUUCAUCUGAACAGAUUAGCGGAAAUGUAGCAUUGCAACAGUUCGCCAGUGCAGAUCUUCUGGAGCGAAUGGGUGCCGUCAGAAUAAGAGCCGGAUAAAAACAUAACAAUCCAGAAGUGAUCCACUCCACUCCGAUCAAUAAACAAAUUAUGAAGCAAAAAGCCGCAUGCAUUUGUCCUCUCACAUCAAAAUCCACAUAUAAAUGGGGAUUGAUCUGUGCAUAUUUCUCUCCUAAUUCAGAUGUGGAGAAAUCAAUACAUCGGGUUGAGGAAGCAGUGGUAAAAUGUGUUUUUUUUUUUGUUUAUUUCCAACACCCAUAUUAACCGUUGGACUGGAGUGGUGUGGAUUAUUGUGACGGCACCCAUUCACUGCAGAGCAUCCGUCGGAGAGCAAGCGACGGAAGGCUGCUUUUCUGUAUAUCUGCUCAGAUGAAAAAACAAACUUUGGUGGCGUGAGGGCGAAUACAUUUUCAGCGGUUUUUCAUUUCAGGGUGAAUUAUGGCCAUCGCAAUUAACGAAUACAAAUGCAAACGUAGAUGAGCGAUAAAUGCGAAGCUCAAAGAGAUUUCACUGAUGAACACCGAUGAGCUUUCAGUUAACUAACGGGGUGUUUUGACAUAAAUAAUCAAUAUAUAACAGAGUAAUGAUUCUCCAAACGAUAAAGUGUUUACGUUUCACUUUUCCGCAACGUCCUUUGUUUGGACUUGGCUGGGUUGGCUCAAACGCUUACAUGCGUUGAUUUAUUUCAGAAAUGGGGAAAAAAAAACAGCAAUUUGUUGUAAUUUUUUUUGGGUAAAGAAUGCAUGACGCUAUUAAAAAAAAAAAAGGCUAUUAUUAAUGUAGGCAUGGACAUGUGUGCGAACUUUUCGCAUCGUAUCGUUUAUAAAUUCGAGAAUAUUUAUGUAUGCUUCUGAGGCCGUACGGGAUGGAAAAAUGAAAGCAGGGAUCUAAACUAUUCAACUGAGCUAGUUUCUGUUGUCAGGGACCUGAAUGAAUUCGUAACGGUUCAUUUCAGUUUAAGUUAGCUUCAUAAACGUAUGUAAGUUACCGAUGUAGUAUAGCACUGAUUUCUAUCCUCUUGCUGUGUGUUUGGGGCUUUGGUUUAUAAAACAACUUUAAAACGCUAUUUCUUUAAAAAGCAAUUAUGGAAAUGUAACUUCGGUAGGAUGAUUUACUGUUUACUGCAUCUCUGAUCAUUUCUCGUGAACUGCUCUGUCAGAAUUAACCCCAGAAACCUUUCAGCUUUAUCUCAUCAGAAACCAAGCGAACAUGUUUAUAAAAAGCGCGAUGGACAAAAACAGAUAUUUUACCGUUUCUUCUUUCUAGAUUUUGAGCUAUGAGUAUGCCGGUGCUGCAAUUAGGCAGGUUUUUGUACGUUUGAGCGUGAAAAAAAAAGCGUAGUUUGGCCACAGUUCGUCCUGAGGCACAAUACUGGAUGUUAGUGUUAUUUAUAGCUACAGAAUUACACUUUCAAGCUGAAUAGGCUUUCAUGUUUCAAACUCGUGUAGUCGAUUAAUGCAUAAUGCUGCCAGCAUCGAGCAACAUAAUGUCUUUUCAUUCCAAAAUGCAUAGUAAGUUUGCGUCUUUACUUGGGGGAAAUAAGACUUUUAAAAAAUUAGCUUGUUUCUUCGUAGGGGCUGAUUUGGAAAAAUGUAGCAUUAUAUCUCUUGCUCGCCAAUGGAUCUUCAGCAGUGAAUGGGUGCCGUGAGAAUGAGAGUCCAAACAGUUGAUAAAAACAUCACAAUAAUCCACAAGUAAUCCACACCACUUAGUUAACAUCUUGAGGAGCGAAUACGUGCGCGUUUGUAGGAAACAAAUCCAUCAUUACUUCAUUACAAACAUGGCGGCUUCGUCCCUAAUGGGAGUUUCUCAAGUGGGACAUUUGUCUCGUCUAAAUGAAAGAAAUAUACACGGAUCAAGCGUCAUUUACGAGGGAAUGCAAAUGAAAACAGUGCUAAAUAAAUGUGAAAGUGGAUUUUGGUGCGAGAGGACACUUUUUCACUUCGGGAAGCUUUAUUGUGGAUAGUCGGAUGCAGUGGUUUAGAGUUAAAACGCUUUGUUUAUGGAUUUGUUUCUUACAAACAUGCAAGUUUGCUUCACAAGACGUGAGCUGUUUGGAAUCUCAUUCUGACGGCACCCAUUGACCGCAUAAGAGUCGCCGGUCCCUUUCUCCAAAUCGGUUCUGAUGAAGAAACAAACAUCAUCUAUAACUAUAAUUUUAUUUCGGUUGCCUCUGCAUAUGCACAUUAUUCGGUUUUCACUGCAUUAAUGUAUGUCGUCCGGCAUACGCGAAUGCAAUAAAGUUGAAAGGUUUUUUUUUCGAGAAGCAUUCAGUCAUUUGAGGGUUUUGAUCCAGGGUUAAAAGUGUGGAGAAAGUAGAGAAUGAUUUUCUUAUCGCAUGAAAUGUAAUAGAACGUCUGUCGAACCAAAUCACUGUAAAUCUGUUGCAUUAAUGAACCUAAAUGACCUAAAGUACACUUUUUUGAAAUGGCGAAUAAACAUGCUUUAUAAAAAGG